UGUUUAGUCUUUGUAUUUAGUCAGAUUUUCAGAGUAAAAAGAAGGGGCAUAAUUUGCUUCAAUCUUUUGUCCUUUUUCUUUUUCUAAAAUCCUUUUUUCUCCUAGCUUACAUGCGAAGCAAAAAUUUUGUGGGGUUGGAUGAACCCAGCGUGAUUGAAUUUACUCUCUCAACUGCAAUUCCUGAAAUGGGUAUUUUUCCUCUCUCCAUUUUCUCGGUAAAAAUUUGAUCUUUCUCGAGGGUGGAUCCGAAGAUUUAAAAUUUAUGCGAUGGAGGAUAUAGGGCUUUUUGAGCAGGGUUGGAAAUGGUUGGAAUCUCAGAAACAUGUUUAUUCCAAGGCGAAAACAGCUGCUGCUUGGUGUAGGGAUAAAAUGGGGUUGUUAAUGGAGAGGCAUUGGCCUAUGGUUUGUAGUGGAUGUGUUGGUUUCUGCAAGUUUUCGAGAUUGGUUUUGAUUUAUUGGAAAGAUUGUUUGGUGAGAGGGUUUCAGUCAUGUAUCCAGUUAGGUCCUGCUUCUUUGCUUGUCAUAAUGUGGAGCUGUUUCCUCAGCUUGACUUCCAUGUCUUGCUUGCUUUAUGUGCUUCUCAGUAUGGGAGCUGCCGGAGCUUCUGUUCAGUACUUAGGUUACAUGCCUGGCCUCUUUAUUGUAGGACUGUUCGGCAUAUUGGUAUUAUGGAUGUAUGCUAACUUUUGGAUAACCGGAACACUUUUUAUAGUUGGAGGUUAUUUGUUCUCCUUAAGUCAUGCACGAUUAAUAGUUUUAAUAGCGACUGCAUACUCUAUUUAUUGCGUCAAAGUUCGAGUUGGGUGGCAUGGCGUUUUUCUAUCAAUAAACCUUGCUUUUUUGUCGAACGACAUGGUGAAUCAUUUGCUCCAAUGUUUUGAUAAUGCAAGUGAAAACACUCAUUUUGAUGAACAAAAGGAGCCCAAAUCGGUUAUGGAAGAUGAUUUGCCUGGACAGUGUGAAUACUCUAUUCCCACCGAUGAACCUAAGAAGGUGCAUCAAUGCAAGUCAUCAAGCAAAUCUGCUACUACAUCAGUUAUAAACCAAAAGGAGUUCACUGCAAAAAGGGUGGUCAAGGAAGAAACGAGUUCGACUGAUGAAAUGAAAAGAAUAUUCAAUAGCGCAAAUCAUUAUGAAGCAUUGGGGUUCCCUCGUCACAUAAAAAUUGAUGCUGGAAUCCUCAAAAAGGAAUACCGAAAAAAGGCCAUGCUUGUACAUCCUGACAAGAACAUGGGAAGUCCUUUAGCAAGUGAAUCUUUUAAGAAACUUCAGUGUGCUUAUGAGGUCCUUUCGGAUUCCAUGAAGAAGAGGGAUUAUGAUGAGCAAUUGAGAAAGGAAGAAUCCAAGACAAGGAGUGUCUGUCAAAAGUCCCAUAGCUCUUCACAGCAGCAAUCUACAUCAGAUCAUCGCUCUGAAGAAUCGAGGCGUAUACAAUGCACCAAGUGUGGUAAUUCACAUAUAUGGGUGUGCACGAAUAGGAACAAGGCCAAGGCUAGGUGGUGUCAGGAUUGCUGUCAAUAUCAUCAAGCCAAGGAUGGGGAUGGAUGGGUCGAGUAUAAAGGUUCCUUGGUAUUUGAUAGGCCUCAGAAGGUGGAAAUACCACGUGCUUUUGUCUGCGCUGAGAGCAAGAUCUUCGACGUUUCAGAAUGGGCUAUCUGUCAGGGAAUGGCAUGUAGACCGAACACGCAUCGGCCCAGCUUCCACGUAAACAUGGUUGGUUUAGAGAAGACCCAAAGAUCAAAGUCAAGCCGAUAUCCUUGGGACUUGGAUGCUGAAAUGAUCGACGAAGAUGAAGAAGAAUUUGAGUUAUGGCUUCAACAGGCCUUGGCAUCCGGCCUCUUCUGUGAAACCUCUAAACGCAGAAAGAGCUGGAGUCCGUUUAAAUUGCCCCAUAAGAAAAAUAAAAAGCCAUGGCGAAGAUCUUCGACCUGAAAAUCCAAAAAAGUAUUUUAUGUAGAAUUUUUCUCCGCUUUCCGACCAAAGAGAAAACAUUUACCAUCCUUAGAACAAUGGGGGAUUACGGUGUUUGAAGUUGAAAGCAAAAAAGAAAAUAUGGGUUGAUCAGCGAAUGUCGAGAUGAAAUCGAGGGGAAAGAACUGGGAUUUCUCAUUUCUAGCCAAAGAUUGAAGCUUUUGCUGCAAAAAAAUGGAUCAAAAUCGAUCUACUUGUAUAUUUAUCACAAUGUAUGAAACAUUCUUCUACGACUAUCACUACUAGUACCAUGUUUUUUUAUCUGAAUUUCUAUU